CGGCCUCGCUCACCCACCGCGUCGUCUUCUCUUCUCCAAUGCCUCGUCGCGCAGAGCCUCUUCUGCGUCCUGAGGAAGAUCCGCUGGCGGCCGCUGCUGAGGCGGAUGCCGCUGUUGCCGACUUCCUCGAACCGCCACCGGCUGCGAAAGCGCUCCCGCAGCCGUCCGAACCGGUGGCUAAUCGUGAUAUCGACGACAGCGCGCUCAAGCCGGACCGAGCUACACGGUAUCGGCAGAUUCUCACCUUUGCUUCGGCUCUGCUGUGCUGCAUAUGUGGUGGCUCAAUCAUGCUCUUCUCGCUCUACGCCCCGCAAUUCCAGACCCAUCUCGGAUACACCCAGGUUCAAGUCAACGUUCUCUCGAUUCUGGGCGAAGUCGGCAUGUAUCUCACCACACCGAUUGUGGGAAUUACGGCAGACAUAUACGGAUCCGGAUUUCUUGCUGUCCUUGCUGCCAUCUUCUUUGCCUUUGCUUAUGGUCUGGCUGCCUGGGCAUACGCAUCUCUUCUUCCUUAUCCAGUCAUGAUGGUAUCAUUUCUCUUCAUCGGCGGCGGAACCGCUUGCAUCUAUUUCGGUUCCAUCACCGCCUGCGCAAAGACCUUCUCGUCUAACCGCGGCCUGGCGCUCGGACUUCCUAUCACCGCAUACGGUCUCUCCAGCCUGUGGCAGUCACAAAUCGUCGCGCAUUUCUUCACAGACAAGACGACCGGGGAGGUAUACGUUCCCCAGCUUUUUAUCUUCUUUGCACUGUUUCUUGCCUCAGUUGGUCUUGUCGCGGCGUUCGGCUAUCGUAAUGGCUGUAAGCUCGAUAGUCCUGUGCCUCUCAGUUCUGGCUCUCGUAAGAGCUCAGUUUCGUUCAGAAAAACUACAGACGAAGAGACGCCGCUCUUGGACGAGCGAGACAGUAUGGACUCUGACGUCAUCAGCAUGCAUCCUACCUCCCAGCGCGAGAUCGACGACGACAGCAGCAGUACCAUGUCGGACGAUAUCGACAUGAUUCCAGAGGCACAUGUGCUUACUAGAAAGCAGAUGGUGGUUGAGUUCGUGCAGGAUAUCACUGCAUGGGGCCUGGCGCUCGGUCUGUUCGCAACCACCGGGCCAGGUGAGAUGUUUCUGAACAAUAUGGGCAGCAUCAUUCGAUCUCUAAGCACCCCUGGCCCGUCAGCCUCCACAAAUGUUGCAAUCAUCUCCUUCUUCUCGUCGGCAAUGCGCAUUGUGGCGGGUGUAGCCUCAGAUCAGAUUGCAACUCGAGGGCCAAAGUACUCCCGAAUGUGGGUCCUGCUUUUCUUCACCGUCGUUCUUGCCUUUGGACACUGGUUCGUUGCUCUCGGCGGCCUUGAGGUCAACAACGGGGAAUAUUUCUGGCUCGUCAGUGCGACUCUUGGUGCAGGAUAUGGCGCUGUCUUCACACUUGCGCCAACCCUUGUCUCUUUGGUCUGGGGCGCUGAGCGCUUCGGAACGAAUUGGGGCGUGCUAUUCGUCUUCCCUGCAGUGGGAUCUAUCAUCUACGAGCUCAUAUACGCUGGUAUAUACGAUCACAACACUGUAGAUUCCAAGCUGUGCUUUGGACUGCAGUGUUACCAAACCACAUUCUUCAUCACGGGUAUAAGCGUCUUACUUGCGCUAGUUGCAUUUACAUCAGUGUGGCUCUUGGGUUGGCGGCGACGCAGUUCUGUUUUCAUAUAACAGAUAUGUUACUGGUCUAUUUCAUACAGGUGUUUAGGGAUCACAGUUAUUUUCAUUGGGACAUUGGGCAUAAUACUUAAUCGAUUGAAGGGUAUGCAUUGAGGUUUACUGUAUAUAGUGCAUGCUGUAAUUAAUUUGAAGAAUCACGU